AUGGUGGCCCACAUGAUGUUCACCACAGCCUUUCAGCUGACAGUCAGUAUGGGGCCAGAGGACUGGAAGCCUCAGUCAUGGGACUACAGCUGGUCAUACAUGUAAGAGCACGCACGCACACACACACACACACACACACACACACACACACACACACACGCACACACACACACACACACACACACACACACACACACACACACACACACACACACACACACACACACACACAGUCUUGUACAACUAACCUUGUGGGGACACAAAAUUCAGUCCCAUUCAAAAUCCUAUUUUCCCUAACCCUAAUCCUAACUCUAACCCUUACCCUAACCCUAACCCUAAACCCCCUAGAAAUAGCAUUUGACCUUGUGGGGACUAACAAAAUGUCCCCAGUUGGUCAAAUUUAUGUUUGUUUACUAUUCUUGUGGGGACUUCUGGUCACCUCAGGUUGGAAGACCAUACUUCUCAUAGAUUUUUUUCAGAAUUUGUUAGGCAUUUUCUUCAUUCACUCUGUGUCUACCAUUUCCUUAAUUCACUCUGUGUCUACCAUUUCCUUCAUUCACUCUGUGUCUACCAUUUCCUUCAUUCACUCUGUGUCUACCAUUUCCUUCAUUCACUCUGUGUCUACCAUUUCCUUCAUUCACUCUGUGUCUACCAUUUCCUUCAUUCACUCUGUGUCUACCAUUUCCUUCAUUCACUCUGUGUCUACCAUUUCCUUCAUUCACUCUGUGUCUACCAUUUCCUUCCUUCUUCUUUUCUAGCCUGGCGUGGAGCUCGUUCACAGCUUGCAUGGCCUCCUCUGUCACCAUCAUCAACCGCUACACCAAGACCAUCCUGGAGUUCAAACACAAGCGCAGGAACGUCCAGAAGAACCUGAAGAUCAAGCAGAAUCUUCUUGAGCUGGACUCUGGACCAGGGGUUGGGAUGGGACACGUCGGACAUGGGGGUCACGUGGAGCAAGUGUGGGACAUGUACAUCAGCUCAGUUCCCAACUCAGGCUGCACGGCAGAGGAACUGCUGGAUCUCUCCAGUAAUGGCAGGAAGCUGUCCAACGCGUCAGUGUUUCUGGACCUGAAUGAUCUGCCAGAUCCGAUAAGAGAAGAUUACUUCUGAGAGAGGACUAGGGGACUGAUCAAGGCACACGCAAAUACACAUAUACAAACGCAAACACAUACAAACACACACACAGUCCAUUCCAAACAAGGACAGUAUCCCUACCAGAGAAAAUAUAUUCCACCUCCACUGCCGCUUGGCUCAGUCAUGUACUCUGACUGUUCAGGGUGCUGCUGGCGCUGA